GUUAAGCUGGGCGAAUUAUCUCUAGGAAAAAUAGGAGUCAAGUCCAAACUGGAUUGAUGAUUUUGUGCAUGAAAAUAGUGCAAAACAUAUUGUGAUUGUAUCUGAAAUUAAGCGAUUAUUUCUAGAUAAAAAGUACUUUAGAAAGUUUACUAUAGAGUAUAUAAAUAUUCAAUGCUUCGUCCAAACUAAAGAGAGAAAGAGAGAGAUAAACCCGACAAUUUACAAAUGAGUUGAAGUAAAACUUUAUCGUGAAUCAUUGUUUUAUUUUCUUUUUUUUUUUCUCUCAAAUUCCUUCAAUACAAAGGAUGGUAGGCAUGCUUUGAAAAAUACGAAAAACAACAAUACAUCUCAUCAUAAUGCCUUCAGACAUUUUUCUGCAUGAUGUCAAAACGGAUUUGUUCAAAUUUUAAAACCGGGCUCUUGUGUGCUCGUUUGAACACACAUCUUCAUUUUCAUCGUUGUCCACAUCAUCAAACCGCAGUUCAAAUUACACGUCAUAUUUUGUGUAGCAUAUGUGUGGAAAGACUCUUUGGUUGUUUUUAGCAUAUUUAACCAAAAGUAAUGGAAAUCGAUUAUAUAUAAAAUUUAAUAUAACUACAUUAACUAAUUAUUUUUCAUUAUUGAAUAUAUUCAAAUAUGAAUAAGACCCUAUUCUCAACUUGAUUAUAUGUACGCAUAUACCAAUAAAUGAUAAUCUAGUCACAACAUUAAGGUUUGAAAGAGACAACAAUACAACUGAAAUGUUCUGAGCUCGAAAAGGACCGGCUACAUGCACACGAACAAUAUACUCUUGAAAAAAAUACCAAACCAGGGAACAACGCACUAAUAACAAUACAUGUGCAUUCUUCACAUAUACAAUACAUAUACUACAUUUGCACACCAGCAUAACGUAUCCAAUCCAAAUACAAGCUAUAAACGAAAUGAACAAUAUUCGGGUGCUUAACGAAUGACUACAGAAUGGAGAGGCUCUUUCUUUUGAGUUGAGUUUCGAUGAUUUUAGUUCGAUCGUGACCGUUGUGUUGUUCAGUUCUAACAGAGACGUUCGACGUUUAAAGAUUCCUACAGUAUGAGAAACGCUAAAAUCAACAUGUUGUUUUGAGUCCAAACAAAUGCAAAAAGAAGAAUAAUCAAACGUUAAUAAGGACAAAUAGAGAGAGUGGAAAUAAUAUUUUUUGAUAUUGUGUUAUAUUUACGAAAAACAUAUAUAUUGAUCUGACCGAUAGAAGCUUUAUAAUCUUCAUUGUUCUGCGAUUGAUAUAUUUCCACACCAUCUGGAUUGAUUAUUCAAUAAACACCUUAAUCAAAUCUUAUAGAUAUAUGAAAAAAUAAGUCAUUAAAACUUCUAGCCAAUCAAUUGUGUCUAGUCAUUCAGAUGACACACUGGUUAAACGAACCAACGACAGCUGCAGUAAAAUCGGAAUCACGAAGCCCCUCUUUGGAUAACAGCACAAGUGGUAUCUAUACACUAAUGGCGUCAGGCUUGGCAAACAGUUCACAUUUGGACACGGCAUCACUAUUUUGCUCGAAUUCAACUCUAGAAAAUUUGCAGUCCCCUUCUACAUUUGAUCAGAAACAAGACUAUUAUAACAGUUACUACAACGGUAUGCAACAAUACACUUCGUCGUUUUAUCCAUCUUACCCAGCUGCCGCAUAUCCUGCUCGCUCAUCGAAAAUUUCGUCCACAAAUUCUUACUUGCCCUCAAGUUAUGCGAGCUCUACAUCUGCAGUAGCAAAUAGUAGUGCGUAUAGCUAUGGCUACAAUAAUUUCAGUCAGUUUGGUGGAUCCCAACAAGACUAUUCGGCUUAUUAUAAUGAGCAGUACGCUGUAAACGGGUACUACAACACCUCAAGUUAUCCGUCAUAUUCUAGUUCGCCGGGAAGUGGUACACAAAAUUUCCACGCUUCGACCGGUUUGGCAGAGAGUCCAUCAGAGGUAAAUGCCACAACAUCGAUGAUUGUGCAGCACGCACACUCGCCCCAUUCGUCAAUCUCUGCUUCUCCAAAUGCAUCCGUAACAGUAUCAAAUAAAUCCACACCAAUUCCAAAAAGAGCUCGUGGUCGACGACAUGCAAAUCCGAGCCCUACACGUAGCAUUACGUCUGAAAAUGGUCAAGCUGCAGAGAACUGUAAGGGACCCGAUCGAGUUUUCAUAUGGGAUUUGGAUGAGACAAUCAUCAUAUUUCAUUCAUUGAUCACUGGAUCGUUUGCGAAUCGCUAUUCCAAAGAUCCGAUUCGAAUGAAUUACUUGGCUACAUCAAUGGAGGAACUCAUCUUCAAUAUGGCCGAUCAUCAUUUCUUCUUCAACGACAUCGAAAGUUGUGACCAAGUACACAUUGAUGAUGUUUCUUCUGAUGACAAUGGUCAAGAGCUGACUACUUAUGAUUUUCGCAGUGAUGGUUUCCAAGCAAACACCAAUCCCGGUGUUCCACCUAAUCUAUGUAUAUCUACUGGAGUUCGGGGAGGAGUCGAUUGGAUGCGAAAGUUAGCAUUUCGUUAUCGAAAAAUCAAGGAUAUUUAUAAUACUUAUAAAAACAAUGUUGGAGGAAUGCUGAGUCAGGAAGAACGUUCAAAGUGGCUGCAGGUUCGAUCUGACAUUGAAAUGUCCACGGAUAGCUGGUUGACAAUGACUCUCAAGUGUUUGACAAUAAUAGCUCAAAGACCGAAUUGCGUAAACAUCCUUGUGACCAACAACCAGCUAGUAGCUGCAUUGGCUAAAAUUCUUCUGUUUGGCUUGGCGCAAAUUUUCCCCGUGGAGAAUAUCUACAGUACAAAUAAAAUAGGUCAUGAAUCUUGCUUUGAAAGAAUUACAACUCGUUUCGGUCGUAAAAGUACAUACGUUGUAAUUGGUGAUGGCCCUGAAGAAGAGAAGGCUGCAAAGACAAUGACAUUUCCAUUUUGGAGAAUAUCCAGUCACUCGGACAUUCGGGCUCUAUACACAGCACUUGACAUGGAAUUCUUAUGAACAUCUUUACAGAAACAUAUUAUUUGAAUUCAAUACGUUUAUCUAACGUGAAAUUUUAUUCCAUCAAAGUAUUCAUUUCAUUUGAAGUCAAUCAUCUCAAUAUUUCCUGGACAAUUGUCAAAUAUGUUCAUAGGGAUUGUUGCGUCAACACAAAUUACAUUGACUCCAAUGCAAACGAAAUAAAGACAAAAAAAAUCAGGUUAAUUCACACUUUUUGAUAAAACUUCAAUUUUAACAUAAAUUUAUAAACACAGUUUUCACGCAUUUUUUUUAACAUAACAUUGACUUUUACAAGUAUUUAACAGACAAGACAGUUUCGUAGAAAAAUGUGGAAGGUUUCUCGAAAAAUAAGCUAUCGAACAAUUACAACAGAAUUGUCGGUCUAUUCUCGAAGAAAAGGCACAUAUUUUAAAGUCUCUUUCUCACUCGCACCACUUAGCUUAGAUAAAGUUUUAAUACAUAUUCCCUAGAGAAAAUUUUCAGAAGAAAAAAAAACAGAAAAAUGAAAUUUAAUAAUGUAAUUUAAUAAGAAGUAUAGAACUGGAAACAAAACCCAGGGUAACUAUUACAUUUAUUAAAAACUCUAAUUUGGAAUGUAGUUUCCGAUUUUGCGUGUUAACGAUAAUGCAAUUGUAAUUGUAAUUAAAGUAUAAUGAAUCCUUUAUUUACCCAUUCUGAUACAAAUAAAAUUGGCUUUCGAAUUUUUUCGUCGUAGAGCAAUCCCUUAUACAAUUAAAUGCUAUAA